UAUAAAAGUGAGCAACUCGCAUUGUUAAGAGUGAUGUCAGAGAGGAUUUUUGCGGGGAAAUAUUUUAGCGAUCUUCGAAUACGGCAGGAGGAGGAGGAACUGUUCUUCAAUACUGAAUGUAUUUGACGUGUUUUGAAAGGUGGAACUGCUAGAAAAAACAUAUUUGAAGAUUAUCAUUCAUUUCUAAACAGUUGUGUAUAUUGUCCUUAAAUUAUUUGAGCCCACAAGUGGACCAAUUUCAAUAUUGUGUUAGAUGGACCCAGUUGUUCCUACAAUCCCCGAGGGUGUCCCUGGGGGUUGUGAGGCCAGCCAGGGGCCAGCAACAGGCUGUUAAUGGCGUGGCUGGGGCGGCUGGGGGCCGUGGCGGCGGCGCUACUUCGCCAGGAGUAGGCGGCUCCGCGGCCAACAUGGCGGCCAGCGUGACGGGGUGACAGUGACAGUGGUAGUGUUUUUCUCGCGUUUCCCGCGUCUCCGUGACCCAGAGGCCGUGUUUGUCAGUGUGUGGCGUGUGGCAAAGAUAGCAAGUCAGUGAAACAGUGAGCGUGAGGGUUGGCGACCCCUGGGGGCGGCACAGGGCGGCCCUUCCCCUGCAGAACACAGCGCCAAACAUCCGUCAAGCAGCGGCCCUCAACACGGGAUUACAUGACAGACCAGCCGCUCCGGAGACCUCCGCUGAGGAAUGAGCCUUCAGCAUGGAUGAGCGGCUGGAGUUGAUAGAAGAGGGCAAUGAUGACCGACCGAGCGACUCCAGCAGUUUGCGGAAUGUGGUGAUCCACAGGGGCGAUCAUGGGUAUGGACUCACAGUGUCGGGCGAGAGUCCAGUCAUCGUGCAGGACGUGAAAGAUGGAGGACCUGCAGCUCAGGCUGGUGUCAAGAAGGGCGACUCCAUCAUCAAAGUCAAUGGGACAAUAGUGUCCAAGAUUAACCACAGGGAGGUGGUACAGAUCAUCAAGUCUGCCAACCAGUGUGUUAAACUGACACUACAGAGCUGCCCUGAAGGAGAAGUUCCACAGGACGUCGGCCACCGCCAGCUACCCCUUACCCCCAACCCCUCCAAGUACAACGACCGCAUCACUGCGCCAUUGCCUGUCAAUACACAGCUGCAGAAUCAGAUGGAAGCUAACAAGGGCAAGAUGCUCACCAAGUAUCUUGAGAAGCAACGGCGUGUCAAGGACAACAUCAUGGUGGAGCUUCAGCGAGGGCCUUCCAAGGUUUUGCAGAGAAACCUUGAGAAGGAGUUGGAAUCAAUAAACCGUCAGAUAGCCAAAAUACAGGAGGAACUCAAGAACAUGAAAGACAGUGAAGCUCAAUUACACUCGCAAACCCGGUCCUCCCCUCGCUCUCCUCCCCUGUCCCGGCCAUCAUUCUCCCUCCCUCAUUCCCACCAUCACCACCACACACACUCGCGCUCGGUGUCGGACAUCCCCCCACCUCUCCCGGCUCGCAAUAAUCGUAUCCUAGUCACCCAGAGCUCAGCCCCUAACAUCUCCACCUCCUCCUCCUCCUCCUCCUCCGUGUCCCUGGCCUCCGCUCCUCCCCUCCCCCCUAGACUCACCCAGUUGGAGAGGGUCGGGGAGGGAGGUCUUGCACAAAGCCUAGAGAACAUUCAUAAGGUGCAGAGUCUCAGCCAUUCUGUCAGCUCAGUGUCUGAGCCUGGGAGUCGGCCCCAAUCCCACUACAGGGCCAAGUCCAGCCCUGACCCGCUAGGCCUUCAUACCUGUCAUGGGUACCAGGGCGGCAGCGACUCUGUCAAUGAUAUCAGUGUGACUGGGCCGUGCAGCAGCCAGGGGAAGGCGUCCUCAUCCAUCUGCAGUGAUGACACAAUCUCCACUUCUACCUUCACCCAGGAACCUCCUGGCACCCCUCCUCCCCCAUAUGCCUCCACCUCACAGCUCUGCCCAACUGAUGAGGUGGAUGAAAAUUACUCCAUCAUUCCUGAUGACUGUGAUGGUGGGGGAGACUAUCCACCCUCUGCUCCCCCCCUCCCUCCUCCCCCUGGUCCCUGUUUGCCCAGCAGACCCACCCUCCCGGGCCUGCCUCCUAAACCGGGUUCGCAUCCUGCCAGCCCUUUCUCCUCUCAAGUUACCAGCCCCACCAGCCCUAAUGGACAGGUGGUGUCACCCACAUGCACGGUGCUACCGAGCCCCUCACAGCCCAUCCUGAGCAUGGAAGAUGAGGAGUUCUCUGACACAGAAACACUUGAGGACCACGGCCCAUUCCAGUCCCUAAGCAAGCUGUGGAACCACAAUGCUUAUCUUGCUGUCUUCAUGAAUUAUGUUAUAUCUAACUGUGACCCCUCCAGCCUGUUCUUCUAUGUCAUAACACAUCUCUACAAGGAAGGAGUGGGCAAGGACAUGAAGCGAUGGGCCUACGAAAUAACCUCCAGCUUUUUGCUUCCUGGUGCACCCCUUCGCCUCUGCAAUGUAGAGGAAAGCAUUCUGCAUGAAAUAGAUGAAACUCUGCAAAAUGAGCUUGACAAGGAAGAAAUACUUCGAAAGGUGUUCUGGAAGGCUCGUAUGAGGUGCAGGGAAGAUCUUAAUGAGCAGCUGGCAGACUUCCGCAACAAGCGCAGUGCUGGGCUUGGCUCUAUCUUUGGGCCGGCCGACCACCUCCUGGAGGAGAGCAUACACAACAAACCCAAAGAGCUGCAGAUUGUGGAGCAUCUUCUAGUGCCUUGUCUGGAUAGUGUGUCCGACGAUCUGAAGAAUUCUUCUGACCAGAGGCUGGUCACUGCCUCAAGUCUGGCCACCAUUUUGCUGAAGUACUACAUGGUGCGCAGUCCACAAGCCCAGCAGCUGAUAGACCGCUGCCCCAUGUAUGUGAGCAAGGAGAGACCUCUCAGAAGCAAGAUCUUUAGGGGAAACAAGAAGCAAGUGUUCCGGGACCACCACUUCAACCAGCACACCUACUACAGCGUCACCUACUGCAACCACUGUGGCCUCAUCAUUUGGGGUAUUGCUCCGCAGGGCUACCAGUGCACCAACUGUGAGAUGAACAUUCACAAGUCAUGUGCUAAGCAGGUGGAGGAAGUGUGCAUUGGGCAGCUGCACAAAAAAGACAGGAGUCGGGAUACAAGGUUUAGUGCCAUUCUGGGCAAGAUUAUCUCUGAUGAGGGCAAACGCAAGAUCUCGCACAUCAACGCUGCACAAAUCGAGAAGGCGCGGAAGGGCUACGAGGAGGGCAACACCGACCUCUGCGGACUGGGCGCGGACACCGACAGCUAUUCAGGUGAGUGUGGCUUGUCUUGACGUAAAGCAGAGUGUGGCCUGCCGGGCGUGGCUGCCUGCACUGGCUCUUGGUGAAGGUGGGACG